CCAAUGUUGAUCACGUUUUAUGUUUACCAUGCUGCUUAAUUAAUGUAUUCACCUAAUUUACAAAUGUUGUUAGUGAUCUAUCUACGUCCUAUGCUUAAUUAAUGUAUCCACAUAAUGAUCUAUCUUUAUCCUAUAUAUAAACUGUGGAGUCUCUGGUUUGUGAUAAGUUAUAGAUAAUGAUGGGUAGCAGCAGAUGGAGUCUUCAAAAAAAGGCUGCUCUUAUGACCGGUGGAGCCAGUGGAAUCGUGUUUGUCUUUCUUCUCUCUUUAUCAUAUUUUUUUACCCUAUUGCUCUGCUUCUAUUUGAUAUCAAGAAUGGUCAAGAUUUCAGUAUACUACUUUGAAGAUUACUAUUUUUUUCCAUUGGAGAAGAAAAGUCUUAAUUACCAACUUUGAAGCUUAUCUUAAGUAUGAAAAUUACAUUGAUGAAUAAAAAAGUCGUAAGAAAAGUUUUACAAAAGAAACUAAGGGAGAAGAACCCUAUGUCCUUAUCCGUGUGUUAAGACUUUUAGAACAAACUAGAAUGUUGUAUCCGGACCACUAUAUAUCUUAGACAUUAAAAGACAAUAUUUCCACCACAAAAUUAAAAACAUAUUCAUUACUUCACACUUACCUGAUCCAAAUUCAUUGUAUACAUAAAAUCUGUGGCAUUUCUGGACACUCAAGUAACGUACAAGAAAAAUGGAUAAAAGAUGGAGUCUUCAAGGUAUGACUGCUCUUGUGACGGGUGGCACUAAAGGAAUCGGGGAAGCUGUGGUGGAAGAACUAUCUAUGAUGGGAGCAAGAGUCCACACAUGUGCCAGAGACGAAACUCAGCUUCAAGAACGCUUACGUGAGUGGCAAGCAAAAGGGUUUCAGCUCACCACUUCUGUCUGCGACGUUACUUCUCGUGACCAACGAGAGAAACUCAUGGAAACUGUUUCAUCCCUCUUCCAAGGAAAACUCAACAUCCUCGUUAAUAAUGUUGGUGUACUUCGUGGGAAGCCAACAACAGAUUAUGUGGAAGAAGAUUUUUCUUUCCACAUCUCAACAAAUUUGGAAGCUGCUUUCCAUUUUAGCCAGCUUUCACAUCCUCUCUUAAAGGCUUCAGGAUCUGGAAGCAUAGUCUUUAUUUCCUCUAUUACAGGGAUUGUAUCAGUUGAAUGUGGAUCAAUUUAUAGUCUAACGAAAGGAGCUUUGAAUCAGCUAACGAGGAAUUUGGCAUGUGAAUGGGCAAAGGAAGGCAUAAGAGCCAACGCUGUUGCACCAAAUAUCAUCAAGACUCCUCAGGCCGAAUCUAAUCUCAACAACGUCGGUUUCAAGGAGGGAUUGUUCAGUAGAACUCCACUUGGUCGCGCUGGGGAGCCGAAUGAAGUUGCAUCGUUAGUGGUCUUCUUGUGUCUACCUGCAGCUUCUUAUAUCACUGGUCAAACUAUUUGUGUUGAUGGAGGUCUCACUGUUAAUGGCUUCUCCUAUCAGCCAAAUGCUUGAGAACGGGUCAAACUAUUUGUAUUGAUGGACGUUACACUGUUAAUGACUUCUCUUAUCAGCAACAUUCUUGGGGGCCAGCCUUGCUGUGUUUUUCUCUAAAUGUCUUAAACUCUCUAAUGGCCUUGUAAUCUAAUAAAACUUUGCUCUAUCAAAUUUUAUGGAAAAGGGUUUUAAUGGUUCGGUA